UAUCAUGCCCAUUUGCCUACUCUUUCUUCAGCACGUCGAAAGUAUCUCAAGUCGCGUUUUUCACACACGAAUAUUUAAGGCAAAAUUUGUGCAAAGAUUUCAUAAACUUACCAUUUGGUGAUUAAAUGGAAAAUAUUGAAUUCAGAAAAUUUAAAUUUUUGUAGAUUUUUUGCAAGUGAAGUUCAAGGCGGGAAUUUGUAGAUAAGAUAGCGUAAAUAUAGAAGAACCAAAGAGCCUACAGAAAGGAUCUUAUUGAAGCCACAAAAGGCGUUAAUAUCCUUGCAGCAGUGGGGCGUGAGUGUACUUAGCAUUGGUCGGCAUUUCACGGUGCGUAGGUGUCUUGACGUUAAAAUAAUUGAACUGAUAAAAAAGAGUAAAAGACGAAGGGAAGACAACGAUAAAAGCGAAACGAAAAUGGCGCAUUCAACAGCGACUAUAGUCACAGCAACAACGUCCGCCGCUGCUUCAUCGGCGACAAGUGAAAUCAACUGCAUAAUCCAGGAUGCAAAUGGCAAAAUCGUGAAAAUACUACGACCAGAGGACAUAAAACAGGAAAGAAUCGGUGUUGGCGACGCAACCACCAUACGAACUGUGCAUCUGAACGGCGCAAGCAGUUCGCAUAAUUCCAGUGCGGGCUCAUACACACAGUUGGCCACCUCCAGCCAACCGCAGUAUUUGAGCCGUUAUAAUUUACAAAGUGGCGAUAGCAACAACACAUACACCGUUAUAUCAACACAAAAUAGUGUUGGUGGUAACCAUCAACCGUCAUUUACAGCGAUCAAAUACGAAACACCAGAUACGGUUACCAUAAAAACGGAAGAGCGUUAUACCAAGUACACGCCACAUACUAAUACAAAAAUGAAGUCAAAACUCCACACUACACACAGCAGCCCACAUUCGAAUUCAGCACGAAGGCAGCGUAAACCUGAGAAGGCGGGUAAAGGUUUGCGUCACUUUGCCCUAAAGGUUUGUGAAAAGGUUAAAGAGAAGGGCGUUACCACCUACAAUGAAGUGGCCGAUGAAUUGGUCGCAGAGGAAUUAAAUAUGAAUUCCAUAGAUUCAGCAAACUGUGAUCAAAAAAAUAUACGUCGACGUGUUUACGAUGCGCUCAACGUACUUAUGGCCAUGGAUAUUAUAUCAAAAGACAAAAAGGAGAUACGUUGGAUUGACUUGCCAUCGAAUUCGGCUGAGCAAUGCACUGAGUUGGAAAGACAAAAUGAGGCACGUCGUCAACGUAUACAACAGAAAUAUCAACAAUUGAAUGAGUUGUUGCUACAUCAAGUUGCUUUCAAAAGUCUAAUCGAACGCAAUCGUGAAGCGGAACAACAAGGCAAUGUGCCAACAACCAAUUCAUCGAUACAACUACCCUUUAUCAUAGUUAAUACGCACAAAUCGACAAAAAUCAACUGCAGUGUUACGAAUGACAAAUCCGAAUAUAUUUUCAAAUUUGAUGAUCAAUUCGAAAUGCACGAUGAUGCUCAAGUACUGAAACGUAUGGGUUUACUCGGUGGUUUAGAUAAAGGUGAAUGCUCUCAUGAGGACAUCGAACGCGCAAAAUCAUUGGUGCCACCGAAUUUCGAAAAAUAUAUAGAAGCGUACGGCAAUGGCAAGGGAUUGACGUGCGACUCGGAUGACGACACCAUGACCGGCUUUGCCGAACUAACCAAUGAUUCCUCAUCACAUGGCUAUACACGUGGCAAUGGACGUGGUGGUGGCGGUGGUGGCAGUGCCAAAACUAGUGGUGGUCUACGCGAUGAUGAUGAUGAUGAUGAUGAAGAAUUUCUGGAAAAUAGCGAUAUUGAUUGAGGCGAAUUCAUGGUUGCGUAUAAUAACAGCAACAAUAUAUAUAAUUACAAAUUAAACAGCUGUAGUAGCAACAACAAAAACAAUAAUCAUCUAUAUUUAAACAACAACAAAACAACAAAUGCAUCAAACGAAGGAUUAGCCGGUGGCACUGGUAGUGGUACAAUCAACGAAAUAAAUCACCAGCAGCAGCAGCAGAUAUUGCAACAACAACAACAAUGUCGUUUAACUACUAGUAACACUACAGCCAGCGGUGCAGUCACAAUUAACACCGACGUUGGUAGCAAUUUAACAGAUGAUUCUUUCAGUUUUUCAUUCAUUUCGGCCUUGUUGGGUUUACAUUAGAGCGAAAUGAUCAGAUGUUAUACCAAAUUGUUGCUUAAAUAAUUUCAUUCGCUGUCAAUUUGUUUAUAGCGUAACACACACACACGCAGCUGCAUGUUGUUUAGCCUAUAAGAGUGUAUGUGUGUGUGUGUGUUGAAUAAUUGGAACGUCUGCAUUAAUGCGCAAACGCAGCUUGACUGUAUUUUAUAUGUUGUCGUCAACCCUUUCUGCAGAGGGAUGCUUGUUAUUUUUUAUUUUAUUUUCUGCAAGAUCUUUAACAAUCAUUUGCCUUUCGCUUCUAUUUUACACUUAAUUAUUUUUAAAUUUUAAAAACUUUUGUUGAACAUUAGUUUUGAUUUAUUUAACAGAGGAGUUUAAUUUAAAUGUGAUGCAUGAAUUCGAUUGUAAAAAAGGCAUAUUUAUGUUAAAAGAAAAAAAAAAUUAUUCAAAAUUUUUAGUAUAAUAGCAAAUUAUGCUCAUUGGCGCUGGUCAAAUUGAAAAUGUAAUGCUUUAAAACCAUUAAACAUUUCUCACAAAAAAAUAUUUCUCAGUUUCAGUAUAUAAGCUAAAUAUAAAAUACAUAAAUAUAUAUGUAUGCAAUUGAAAUAAAUGCUUUGUGUGAUUAUUCACUGUGUAGAUUUGAUUUUCGUUCUUACGAAUAAGCAACUAAGCAAGAGAAAUAAGAAAUAAAAGUAAAAAAUAUUUAAGUACAAUUAAUUGGCAACAUUUUCAUUAUUGACCGGUGUUAAAAAUGCGCAAAAGUAGAAAAAUCUUCAAUCAGACUGCAAUUCGUAAACUACUUUUUUUCGCCAUUCAAUCACAUCUCAAAGGCAAUAUAUUUUGUAUAGGUUUUUCCUAAAUUUAUUGUAUGCUUUUUUUUUAACAUAUUCAUAUAAAAAGUAUGCUAGCAUAAAAAGUCUGCACUAGUUUUAUUAAAAGAAAAAGAAAAAAAAAACAUAAUUGUAAAUCACUAAUCAAUCAAAAACAAAAUACAAAUAAAAACUAAAUUUAUAACUACAUACUUACCAACAACACUGUAAAAGAAAACAGUAAAUAGUUCAACGGUGAAAAGGCGCGCUAUUGUUUACAUAAACUUGUAUUUUUUUUAUAAUUUUCAAUUAAAUAUAAAAUAUUAUGAAAGUAAGAUUAAAAAAAAUACAUAUUUUAUAACAAAAAGGGCUUGGUUUGCGUAGGAGCACAGAAGGCAGCCGCAAAACAAAUGAAAAAUAUUUUAAAAUUCGAACAUAGGAAUAAAAUUUUUUUUUAAUUUAGAAAAAUACUUGCACUUUCAUAUGUAAAAUAUCAAUUUGUAUAUUGUGUCAAGACAAGUCUUAAAAUUGUUGAUUAAUUAAACUGUUUAAUCCUUCCGAAAAAUGUCAUAGGCGGCUAGUCCAAAAAAAAUAAAUAAAAAAGGCCACUAACAACUAAAGCGUAUACAUACAUAUAUAAUUCAUAUACGCUAUAAAAGAAAAGAAAAAAAAAACAUUUUUUUUUGUUUUACUUACUUCUCACUUUCAUGGAAUACGUUCUUUCUUAUGUAAAUCACGAUUUAUAUAAGCGCCAAUGAGUAAAACUAAUUUUCCAAUCACAUACAUACAUGCAUAUAUGAAUUUCUAUUUGUCAUAACAAGUAAAAUAGAAGAAGCAUAAAUACAAGUAUUUAUAAGAUGAUCAAUUGAUUAUACGAGGAAUACAUAUUGCCAGAAUUUGCGUGCAAAUAUCUUUAAAUACAUUUUUAAAAUAAAAUUUACACUUAAUGCGUAAAUUGGUGAAAUAUAGUAGUUGUGUAUUGCAUAAAAAAGCAAAUAAGUAGAUAUAAUUCAAUAUUUAUUAUUGAAAACUAAAUAUAAAUGUUUAAAUUAACAGCGAUGUAAAAUGGGGUAAUAAAACCAAUUAACGACUUUGUACCCAACAAAGACACUGAACUGACGAGUAAUAAAAUGAGAUGGUAAAAAUAAAAUCUACUAAUUAUAUCACUUGAAUUUAUA